AUGUACCACCUGGCCAAGUCGCUGUAUCUCUACGCCACCAGCAAGGAGGAAUACUCCGUUCUCCUUCUCGGGCUAGACAACGCCGGGAAAACCACCCUUCUGUCGCAAAUCAAGGCCCUAUAUCUCCCCCGUGCUGAUGGCGCUCCUGCCCCCAACCCAGGCAAGACAGUGCCGACAGUGGGCCAGAACGUCGCCACCAUCUCGCUGCCGGACAUGUACUUGAAGAUCUGGGAUGUGGGGGGCCAGAUAUCAAUGCGCAACCUCUGGCAGAGCUACUACUCAAGCUGCCACGCCAUCAUCUUCGUCGUCGAUAGUACGGACGUCGGACAGGACCCGGAUAUCACCCGGCUCCCCUCGAACCGGCGCCCGAGCGCAUUGCCAAACUCAUCGGCAGCCGGCAGUGACGCCGUCACCGAGGAAAUGGCGGGGAUCAACGCCCCGGGGAGCGAGUUCGGGCGGCUGGAUGAGUGUCGUCGGGUCCUCGAAUCGGUGCUGCAGAACGCCGAUGUGGCUGGGGUGCCUAUUCUGGUGCUGGCAAACAAGCAGGAUCGCGAAGAUUGUGUCGAAGUAGUGCGCAUCAAGGAAGGGCUUGUACGCAAGGUCUUCGAGGGCGAAUCGGGAGGCGGGGUGCGUGACAGCCGUGUACUGCCGGUCAGUGCGCUGUUGGGCUCUGGAGUGCGAGAGGCAGUCGAAUGGGUCCAGAGUCGAGUGCGAUGGAACAAAGAGGGCAGACCUCCUAUUAUGAAAUAA